AUGUCAUUUGAAUAUUUGGAUCAUCCAGCUGAUGUUAUUUUACAUUCAUGGGGACAAAAUAUUAUUGAAGCAUUUGAAAAUGCAGCUGCAGGAAUGUUUAAUUUUAUGAGUGAUUUAACAAAAGUUGAAGAGAAAGAAAUUAAAAAAAUAAGUAUUGAUGCAACAAGUUAUGAAGAAGCAUUAGUUAAAUUUUUAGAUUCAUGGUUAUGUAUUUUUUCAUCUGAGUUAUUUAUUGGUAAAUCAUUUAAAUGUGAAGUAUUUGAUGAUAAUGAUGAAGAGAAUAUCCAUAUUGAAUGUAAAGGUAUUGGAGAAUAUUUUGUUAUUGGAAAACAUCAGCAAGGAACAGAAAUUAAAGCUAUUACAUGGCAUAAUUUAGAAAUAUAUGAUGAUGAAAAAGAUCAAACACAUAUUCACAUAUUGCUUGAUAUAUAA